GUAAUAGAUUACCUUUUCUGCGAUUGCCACAUGGCUAGAUAGAAUCUCUCUUUGCAACACCCACUUGGUCGACUUCAGGUAGCGUGUAGAUCAGCGCUCUUCUCCGUUCUACCUCCCUGCACAUUCGCAGCUCGUCUUCUUCUUGUCUUCUUACCUUGAGCGGAGCCGGCAUUACGACUCCGAAGCUCCCUGACAUAACCAUCUUUCGUCAUCGCCGUGACAGCCAACCGACUCGGUUCUCAAUAUAUCCGUGUUUUCUCAGUAUCGCCUUCAUUCUGCCAUGCGGUUCACAGAGUCUCCCAAUGCUCGCUCCAAAUCUAUAUCAACUGCUGAAUUCGACACCCAUGGCGUUCUCAACCGCCAUGCCACCAAGAAUUCCUCCUACCAGGUCGGCGUGUCUGAAGAUAAAGGCAAUCGGAGAACCAUGGAAGACUCCCACUCCUUCGUCACCGAUUUUGACAAUGUUCGCGGUCAGGGCUUCUUCGCCGUAUUCGACGGACAUGCAGGGAAACAUGCCGCUGAAUGGUGUGGGACACAUUUCCAUGAGUCGCUGCUCCGAUGCUUACGCGCAUGUCCCGAUAUUGCAAUCCCCGACAUUCUCAAUGAAACCUUUCAUGACGUUGACAGAAAUCUUUCACGUAUGUGUGAAGAAUCCGACGGCAAGAUCCAUUCUGGCUGCACUGCUGUAACGGCCUUCCUACGUCUUGAGGAUGCUGAUGGCAAGCAGUCCUUCCUGGAUCAAGCAACUCCGCCCUCGAAGCCUAUAACACCUCUAGCCGAGACACCUUCACCCCUUGACGGGGAUGACAGUAGUAGCGGGGAGAGUGGCGGUGAUGCCACUGCCGAUGACAGCAAGGAUCCCAAGCGGCGGAAAAAAACGAAAAAGUCGGGUGCUAAGCGACUCAGAAACGCCAUCAAAAGCCUUGGUAGUGUCUCGUCUCUCUCUCCCAAAGCUUCUCCAUCGGUAUCCCGGAAACAGUCUGUUGAAGCCGUACAAAUUCAAGUCCCGGCGCAAACUCCUCCCCCAGAGGCGAGACGCGUUUUCUAUACAGCUAAUGCCGGCGACGCGCGUGGUGUUCUAUGCCGUAAUGGCAAUGCUAUCCGACUCACCUAUGACCACAAAGGUUCAGACAAACAGGAGGCGAAACGUAUCAUGGAUGCUGGUGGCUUUGUGAUGAGUGGAAGAGUGAACGGCGUUUUAGCCGUGACGCGUAGUUUGGGUGAUUCCUCGAUGAAGGAAUUCGUCGUCGGUGCUCCUUACACGACUGAAACGGAGCUAUGUGAUGACGAUGAGUUCGUAAUUCUGGCCUGUGACGGACUCUGGGACGUCGCGAGUGACCAAGCAGCCGUUGAUCUCAUCCGAGAUAUCGAUGAUGCUCAACUUGCCAGUCAGAAGCUUCUCAAAUACGCGCUUUCUCAUCACUCGUCAGACAACGUCACCGUCCUCGUCGUUCGGUUCAAGAAUGUAUUCCCUAAAACUGCAUGAAGACACUGAAAGGCUGUUGCUGGUAGAACUUAUUUUUUUCUUUAUUCUUCGGGGCUCCUGCAAUCACAAUGUUUCAUAAUAGCAACGUAUCUGUAUACUACACCAUACGCUACGGUCGAACCGGUAUCUUACGUAUCAUGGACGUGUUGUACAGUCUACCAUCAGGGUACGAGCGCGAAUGCUACAACUAUUAAUGGCCGUGAAUAACCUCCAG